UAUUUGAGCAGAGCCCUUUCACACACCUCAGGAACACCUCUCUGCUGCCCGCUGCCCAGACACACCUGCAGCCCUGCCCAGCCGGCUCUGCUCACCCAGAGUGAGGACCAGAGAGAGAAGGCCCCAGCCGGCACUGAGAAGGGAUGUGCCUCACCUAUCCACACUCUGCUUCUCCCAAAGCUUGUCAAUGUCCCAGACAUGAGCCAGACCAGGCCCCGCUACGUGGUAGACAGAGCUGCGUACUCCCUCUCCCUCUUCGAUGAUGAGUUUGAGAAGAAGGACCGCGCCUACCCGGUGGGAGAGAAACUUCGCAACACCUUCAGGUGCUCCUCAGCCAAGCUCAAAGCCAUUGUGUUUGGACUGUUGCCUGUGCUCUCCUGGCUCCCCAAGUACAAGAUCAAAGACUACAUCAUCCCUGACUUGCUGGGUGGACUCAGUGGGGGGUGCAUCCAGGUGCCACAAGGCAUGGCAUUCGCGUUGCUGGCUAACCUUCCUGCCGUCAACGGUCUCUACUCCUCCUUCUUCCCCCUCCUAACCUACUUCUUCUUAGGGGGUAUACACCAGAUGGUGCCAGGUACCUUUGCCGUUAUCAGCAUCCUGGUGGGUAACAUCUGUCUGCAGCUGGCCCCAGAGUCGAAAUUCCAGAUCUUCAACGCCACCACCAAUGAGACCUAUGUGGACACAGUGGCCAUGGAGGCAGAAAGGCUGCAUGUGUCUGCGACACUGGCCUGCUUGACUGCUGUCAUCCAGAUGGCCUUGGGCUUCAUGCAGUUUGGCUUCGUUGCCAUUUACCUCUCGGAAUCCUUUAUCCGGGGCUUCAUGACAGCAGCUGGCCUGCAGAUUCUCAUCUCUGUGCUAAAAUACAUCUUUGGUCUGACCAUCCCCUCCUACACGGGCCCCGGCUCCAUUGUCUUUACCUUCAUUGACAUUUGCAAAAACCUCCCCCACACCAACAUCGCCUCGCUCGUCUUUGCCCUGGUCAGCGGUGUCUUCCUGGUCCUGGUGAAGGAGCUCAAUGCUCGGUACAUGCACAAGAUCCACUUCCCCAUCCCUACAGAGAUGAUCGUGGUGGUAGUUGCAACAGCUAUCUCUGGGAGCUGCAAGAUGCCGAAAAAAUAUCACAUGCAGAUUGUGGGGGAGAUCCGACACGGGUUUCCCAUUCCAGUGGCACCAAUGGUUUCGCAGUGGAAGGACAUGGUGGGCACAGCCUUCUCCCUGGCAAUAGUGGGCUAUGUCAUCAAUCUGGCUAUGGGCCGAACCCUGGCCAACAAGCAUGGCUAUGACGUCGAUUCUAACCAGGAGAUGAUUGCCCUGGGCUGUAGCAACUUCUUCGGCUCCUUUUUCAAGAUCCAUGUCAUUUGCUGCGCUCUCUCUGUCACACUGGCUGUGGAUGGGGCUGGAGGGAAGUCCCAGGUGGCAAGCUUGUGUGUGUCUCUGGUGGUGAUGAUCACCAUGUUGGUCCUGGGAUCCUAUCUGUACCCUCUCCCCAAGGCUGUACUAGGUGCCCUGAUCGCUGUCAACCUCAAGAACUCCCUGAAGCAACUCACUGACCCCUACUACCUCUGGAGGAAGAGUAAGCUGGACUGCUGCGUCUGGGUGGUGAGCUUCCUCUCCUCCUUCUUCCUGAGCCUGCCCUAUGGCGUUGCAGUGGGUGUGGCCUUCUCCAUCCUGGUUGUGAUCUUCCAGACCCAAUUUCGAAAUGGCUCCACGCUGGCCCAGGUCAUGGACACAGACAUCUAUGUGAACCCCAAGACCUACAACAGGGUCCAGGAAAUUGAGGGAGUUAAGAUUGUCACUUACUGCUCCCCUCUCUACUUUGCCAACUCAGAGAUCUUCAGGCAAAAAGUCAUUGCCAAGACAGGUAUGGACCCCCAGAAAGUAUUACUCGCCAAGCAGAAAUAUCUCCGGAAGCAGGAGAAGAGGAUGGCAGUGCCCACACAGCAGAGAAAGUCCCUCUUCAUGAAAACCAAGACGGUCUCUCUACAGGAACUCCAACAGGACUUUGAAAGCGCUGCCUCCACAGACCCCAACAACAACCAAGCUCCUGUGGCCGACGCUCACAUAUCCUACAUCACCUUCAGUCCAGACUCCUCCGCAACUGCUGCAUCCGAGCUGCCCACCUCCACUCAGUCCCCCAGGGAGGCUAGUGAUGCUCUGGCCAGCGUGCCACCCUUCGUUACCUUCCACACUCUCAUCCUUGACAUGAGUGGAGUCAGCUUUGUGGACCUGAUGGGCAUCAAAGCUCUAGCCAAGCUAAGCUCCACCUAUGAGAAGAUCGGAGUCCAGAUCUUCCUGGUAAACAUCCACGCCCAGGUGUACAAUGACAUCAGCCAGGGAGGCAUCUUUGAAGAUGGGUGUGUACAGCGCAAUCACGUGUUCCCCAGCAUCCACGAUGCAGUCCUCUUCGCCCAGGCAAAUGCUAGAGAAGCCCCAGCCCACAACUUCCAAGGGGCUCCAGGGGACACUGAGUUCUCCUUGUAUGACUCAGAAGAAGAUGGCUCCAGUUAUUGGGACUUAGAACAGGAGAUGUUCGGGACCAUGUUUCACACAGAGACCCUGACUGCCCUGUGAACGCCCAUUUGAUUCCCAUACAUUCUCCUGAGCGCCUGCCAUCUGGGAUUUCCAAGAGAGAAGAGUAUGUCUGUCAAGAAACUAGAGCCUCUCUCAACUCUCUGUUCUCUCUCCCACCUUUCCCUCUCUCCCUGGGAGAGAGCCAUCUCAGCCUCUGAAGCUGAAUGAGGCCUGACAAGGAUGAGACUCUGGUGAAGCCGUCUCAUCUCCUCACUCUUGCCACUCAAACCUGGGCGGGCAAUAAGCUCAUUCCACCCAUCUACACAAGCCACACCCAUCUGCACAAGCCCCACCCAUGGCAGCUGAUGGACACCUUGACUUCCAGCCUUAAGAGUGAGCUAAGAACAGAAUGAUGAGAGCCACUGUGCUGAGCUGGGAUGCAGGUCUGUGUCCUGAUUGAUUUGGCCUCAGAAGGUUUCAGGCUAUCGUGGGUCACAGGGAUGAGUGGGGUUAGAAUGUUGAAACUUUGUCCCUCCUAGCUGUUAGCUUUGUGCCUCAAAGACACGGUACUGCCGACAAUCCAGGAGUCUCUGUCUUUGUGCCCAUUUCUCUCUCAUUGCCCUAAGACUGCCCAGGCCUCCACUGCUGUCCACACUUCAGACUCUGGGUUGGGCAGUGAGUAGAACCCUCAAGAUUACCAGCACUACCUCUCCAAGGACAGCCCACCAGGGGGCUGACUUCACCUUCUGAAUCUUCCCCACCUGGAGGCUGCCCCAUUCUGGGGAACAGAUUGGCAGAAUCCUUGGAUACAACAGCAGCUAUUCUGCACAAAAUCUUCUAAGAAACCCUCUUUACUGGACACAUGGAAGGAGUAAUAGGUUGCUAAUGUAAACUCCAGGCAAACUGGUGGGUCCUAGGCCCUGACCGUCCACCUGACCUCAGAGCCCAUAUUGCCUCCGCUUGGGAAAUCUGCCAUGUCCAUUUUCACUUGGAAAGGGCUGGUCAUUUGAACCCUCCCUUAUCAGCCUGUACCCCAGAGCUGUGAACUCCUGAGGUACCAACUUCAAAGCCCUACUGGGUAUAGAUGUGAAAGACUAUUCCCGACUGGAUAUCCCUCUACAUGGAAUUCUUAACAAUCUCCUGACCCUUUUACUCUAGGAAAAGGGACAGUAGGAGUUAAAUUCUCAGGUAAACGGAGAGAUAUUUAGAGAUAUCCUACUGUUGACUUAAAAGUAAAUAGGUCUUCUCUCUCUCUCUCUCUCUCUCUCUCUCUCCACACACACACACACACACACACACACACACACACACACACACAAACACAUAUACAUACACAUACACACAACCUUAUAAAAAGCUACCAUGAAAGUACACAGAAAAUCUGGCCUCUCCUCUUUGUUCUCCAAGUUUCUUCAAUGCAAUGACCCCUGUGCCAAUGGGUUGGGCUGGCCCAACCCGGGGAAAAUAACCCAAUUAUUAACUCCAGCCUGAUCUUCGUUAUGUGUCUGUGUGUUAGGUAAGCUGGUGAGCUGGUCUUCAUAGAGUUAAAGCACAGGGCUCUGACAAGGAGCCAACACAUUCUUGGCCACAGCUGCUCCUUCUCAGUGAAUUCAUUAUGCCGUCUGGCUGCCAAGGGAGCCCAAAACUUGGAAGGAGGAAAGACAAUGUUAUCUGGGAUUCACUGUGCCCUGCACUCAAAAGUGCCAAAUUCCAGGAGGAAGAGAACCCCAGCCAAUGACAAUCUACCCUCCCCUACUCCACCUCUUCCAAAGUCCAGGAAGCAGAGAGAAGGUCACAGAGCCUCAGGACAUUAUAAAUCCCCUUUAAACCAAGUAUCUAGAUCCCAUUAACCUGCAGACCAGGCCUGGGACUGAAAGGAACUUCGGGCUCACAGUUUGGAGCUUGGGGGUGUGGAUCUGCAACAUGUCGAGUCUAUACACACUCACAGAACCCAGGGUGAAGGUAUGGUUAGAAAUAGAGGGUGCAGGGGUGCCAAAAAGGGUGCUGAAGAAAACCUCUACAGUUGCAACUCUUGGGGAAGAACAUAAACACCACACAAGACUCUGCCCUGGAUAUGUCUGAAGCAGGAAGGGAGGGUGUGAGGGAAGAGAGAAAUCCAGAUUUUCACCACCUGUGCAUGUCCUUACAGACACUGUCCUAUAACAGAGAUUCCCUGGGAAGGCUGCAAACCUUACCUCUUGAGAUAUUUGUAUAAUUUAUUUAAAUGCCAGUCUCCUUUGUUUGUUUUGGUAAUAAAGUGGUCUUGAAAUGUGAA